AUAGUCGAGCUUUAUAAAGUGUUACUAUUUAGAAAAGUGUGGAAUAACCGCUUCGACAGCGCUAUAAUCCACUUCAUAGCGGUAAUAGGCAUCGACGAGACUAACGCUCGGCUACGUGACGGUAACGACUACUUAUAUAUGAUCGCCGGGCUCGUAUACGUGUCGAGGAUCGUAACCGCCGAAGCUCUACUCCCGUUACUCGACCGCGAAAACUAA